AUGAUGAAAACACAGGUCAAACAAUUCAUCUCCAUCCAUGAUGAUCAACAGCAUGUCCACCCAGAGAGGCCAGAGAUCUUGCAAAUCCCGGAGCAAAAGCUCUUCAAGACCAUUCUUCCGUCAAUUACAAGUGAGUUUUUGGAGAAGGCUUUGAGUGCUAAUACCGCCAAGCAUUCCCUUGGCUUUUCUCCCAACCUUUCAUUUGCAGUGGACAUGGUUGGGAGCCCAGCCACAGCUUUCCCUGAGACAUCAUACUCUCAACUGGAAGUGGGCAAGAUUCUUGACAUCAAGGACCCAGUUACUUGGAAGUUGUUGAGUGCUCCUCACAUUCAGAAAAGGCACUUGUAUCUCCCCCCUGCCAUUGGAGGUGACCAGCCCAGACAGCCCACUGCAACACAACGAAAUGCAACUUUCAUGAAGGGGCUUGAUGAUAUUGGUGUGAAGGCUGUGGAGGCUGCCCUUUCCAGCACCAAAACAGACAUUAAGGACAUUGAUAUGCUAGUCACAGUAACCAGCACAGGUCUUGCCUUGCCUGGAGUCUCAGGCAUCUUGAUCCGGAAACUCCCCUUUCGAGGAGAUGUCUUGCGAAGUGAUAUUGUUGGCAUGGGCUGCAAUGGAGGUGCUUCUGGACUUCGUGCUAUUGCCACCCAGUUAGGCCACAUGGCCUCCAUCCGUGGAAAGCAAUGCAAGGCUCUGCUUCUUUGCUGUGAGGUGAACUCUGCAUACUUUGUGAAUAGGGAGGGCAAUAUUGGAGACGGAGUUGUCAACAGUCUUUUUGGUGAUGGUGCUGUUGCAUCCAUCCUUGCUGCCAGUCCAAUGGGGUCAAGCUUUGCUGUGCCCGGAAGCCCCAAUUCGGUGGUUUCCCCUGUAGGCAAACCAGCCACACCCAAGAUUUCUCUUCUCGAUUUUGAAAGUAUUACCAUUCCCGAAUACUUUGAGGACAUGAGUUACAACAUGGAUGAUAACAGCGAACUACCCUUUUUCAAGUUGACCAAGCGCAUCCCAGCUGCAGUCGGCAAUUCAGUUGAGAUUCCAGUCAGGAAACUUUUGGAACGCCAUGGCCUCAAGCCAGCAGAUGUUGGGCAGUGGGUGGUCCAUGGAGGAGGCAAGAGUGUGAUGCAGCUGGUUGCCAAGAAUCUUGGUCUUGAUCAAGAGCAUGACCUUCGUCACACCAAGUCGGUUCUCCGUGACUAUGGAAACAUCUCUUCUGGUUCCUUUUUGGUCAGCCUCCAGCGUCUGUUGGCGGAGGCACAGGAGGAUUUGGAUGUGCUCAAGACUGGUGAUGUGGUUACACUGAUUGCCAUGGGCCCAGGUGCCACCAUCGAAGUUAUCCUUGGUGUUGUUACAGCGGCUGCAAAGUAA